AUGAGGCCCAGACGCUCGCCAACGCCGCCUCCGAUGCCUGCACUCGUGGUCUUGAUCCCCUCCACGGACACCAGCGUCCCGGACGCUGCCAGUCCCUUCCCUCGGCGCAAGUCUCCUUCGCACUCGUCGCUGGCAAAGGCCCCCUCCCCAUCGAAGCAACCGCGCCCCUUGCUGCGCGGAUCCACAAAGCACCAUCUUCAUCCAUCAUCAGCCUCUUCAUCAUCACUAUCGCCCUUCCCGCCUUCGUCACCGCGUUCGUCCUCUUCUUCCGCCUCUGUUUCCGCCGAUAGCAGCACCUCUGGAGGGAGCUCAAAAAGUGCAGGUCGCUCCAGUGUUCGCUACCAUCCGAUCGACUUCUCCAACCCUUUUGGCGAAGACGCUGACCUCUCAGCCAAACACCUCCUUGCCAAGCAUGUCCUCACCCACCAUAUCCCUCCUGCUGCUCCGUCGACUACAAACCAAGAGCUCUUCCGCAAAGUGGCCUGCCGAUGGGAUCAUUGCUUCAACCGCCACUACGAGCCCUCGGCACUCGCAGCUCACCUCGUGCACCAUCACUUCACCCAUCAGAUGGGUCUCAGGUAUGCGUGCCUCGUCCAGAAAUGCUCUGCCACCACGCUUCUCACAACGAGGGCUGCAUUAGAGCGCCAUCAUGCUCAGUAUCAUGCCGCAUACGUGCGUACCGCGCAGCUGCGACCAACGUGGGAGCCUGUUCCCGUCAGAAAGGAUCGCAAGGAUCGUAAGCAUGCAUCGCAUCUCCUCGCCCAAUUGCGCAAGUACGAUGCGCUGCCUGACCCUUUCCAGGUCAGGAUCGCUGUCUCUGAUCGCAAGAACCCAAAGCUCGAUGUCUCGAGCGCAGCCAUCAACCCCGAACACGCACGCGAGUUCAAGAAACGAUACAUGAACCCAGCAAUGAUCCAGCCGGGUCCUGAUCAAAAAGGCGAGCCUUGGCUCAGCCUGCACAGAUGGCUCCAGCGGAGCGUCGACGUGUCGGCUGCCCGCCUUAUGGCCGACCAGGCAGUCCUCGAGGGCACAUCCUAUGACGAUACUGACCUUGCUCGAUCGCACGCUUGCGCACCACCGGUCGUCGAGAUCUCAGAACCACCAAGUCUUUCGGCGCUGAAACGAGGCAUUCUCGCGGGUCAACCUUACGUUUCGUCGGCGGUUCCAUCGUCUGGAGCUGUAGCAAAGUCCUCCGCAGGCAAAGAGACGCUUGUGCUGCCCAAUCAGCCUUGCGAGGUCGCUUUGACCCAAACACCGGCACAAGUCUGCAUCGAAAGCAUCGGUGCUUCAUCGCUCGCAUCCAUCGAUCGAGAAAUGCAACUCGACGACGCAUUGGAGACGCAACGUCGCUGGGCACAAAAGGUGUACAAGAUUCGUCCGCCACCAUCCCGCAGCCUCGCACGCUCAGCUACCAUGCCGACAUCCGACCUGGAGGAUGAUACUGAUGGCGACGAGCCGCGCCUGCCCCGGUUCGAGGCCUAUCACCCAGCGUCAAGAAUCCGAACUAUGUACAUGGACGGUGCGCGAUCUUCAACACCGCGUUCGGGUGUGCUGCUCCCAUUUGCCGCAUCAUCCAGCUCGACAGGCUCGAGCAGCAAGACGUCGGAGGCGUCGUCAAGCGUACCGAUCAGCGUCAGCACGUCAAGCGGGCGAUCGCAUGGCUACGUCUCAACGCCACCGUCACAAUACGGGUCGACCGAGACUGCAAACACAUCGAACUCGGUCAAAAGGGAACGCGAUGGCCCCUCCCUUGAUCGGAGUGGUUGCGUUCUUCCUCCGACGGGGUCCAAAAGGAGAGCCAUGCAGAGCAGCGUCUACUUGCCUUCUACACCGACCAAGGUCAAGGAAGAAUCCAUUUUCGUCGACUUGAAGCUCAAGCCCUCACACGCCAAAGAGAGCAGCCCGCUGCCUUCGCCUAUACCCCGCUCACGCAGACGCAGACGUGGCUAG